AUGGCUUAUUGUACUUCAGUGGCGUCUUCAUUUGCCUACUCUCAGCUUCUUCUACUAAUGAUAUUUAUCCCUAUACACAAUCUUCUUGUUUGCCUUCGUAAAUCUAUCUCCACUCUCUUUCUUCUUCUGGGUCUCUCGCAUUUUAUCGAACCCGACAUUCCUUACCGCCACGUGACGGAAGCCGGUGUUUCCUCCUCUUCUUCUCCCACUGCGCCCUAUUAUGAUGUCCCGCUCUUGGUUCACCUCUUCGGGGAAAUUUUACCUGUCGUUAAGUUUUGUGACCUUGUCGAUCCGCCGGGAAGCUGCGUCGUUUGUUUCUAUGACUUUGAAGGGGAGGAUGAGAUUCGACGGCUGGCGAAUUGUCGACAUGUAUUCCAUCGGAGCUGCUUGGACCGUUGGAUGGGAGACGAUAAUAAAACAUGUCCACUUUGUAGAAGGAGUUUUAUUCCCCAUGACAUGCAAGAUACCUAUAAUGAGAGUCUUUGGUAUUGGUCUGCUACGGGUAAGCAUUGAU